GACAAAUGUAUGUUUGCUCCUUUUAUAGGCAAUAGGUUCAACAUUUUGUUUUGUAAUGGUGCUGCACUGUAUUAUCAUUCUGAAUCUAUUAAAGAAUUUUUGUCUCAAUGGCCAAAUCCGAAUAAUCUAUUGAAGGCAGUUAAUGAAGAUAUAUCAAAUUUAUUAUUUUUAGCAGAAUCUCGUGCAUUAGAUAUUUUUGAUAAGUUAAUUACUGGUCCCUUUUGGAGACUCAUUGAAGAAAACAAAAACAUUCUUAGUAUGAAUAAGUUUUUAUUUUGUUUAAAAAUGAAAUUGUCAGAUCUUUGCAAAGACGCUUCUCCAAUGCUCAAUCAAACACCUGUAUUUGAUCCAAGAGAUGUCAAAAUACAUAAAGAUAAACUUUAUGAAAAACUUUUUGAGGAGACUGGAAAUAUAGAAUUUGAUGUCUUGGUGCAGCAGUCAUUAGAAACAAUUUCCCAUGCGUUUUUAAUUCUAGAAAUACAAGCAAUUGAUCAGCUCCCAGGAGGUAAAUAUUGGAACUCAGAUGAUAGAAUUCAAAAGGCUGCUGAAAAUGUACCAACAACUAACAAAGCUUCAGAAAGUGAUUUUGCGAUUCUGGAUCUACUUAUUCGGACAAAGCCCAAUGCUAAAAUACAAACAAUUCAAGCAUAUACAAUGUGGUACAGAAACAAAACCUUAGAUUGGUUGGAUGCAAAAUCAGAAGAAGAGCGUUACAUUUUAAUUGGAAAAGCUCCUAAUAGUGUUGAAAAAAUGAAAUUAAAGUAUAAAGAGCGUCAAGUAGAGUUAAUAUUAAAGAAAUCUUCUAUUCUGAUAGUAAAACAGCAAUUCAAAGCAGAUACAGAAAAGAAGGCAUUGCUGAAAAAAGCAAAUAUUGUAAAUGAGCUUAUUCAAUUGAAAUCACAAGUUUGGCUAACAGCAGAUGAAGCAAAAGAUAAAUCUUCAAAAAUUGAAAAUGAUACUUUAAGGAAGCAAGUUAUUAGAGUUCAAUUAGAUUUUUAUCGUUAUGUAAUGGGGGCAAAAUGUUUGUUAAAGCUGUUUUAUAAAACUAAAGUUUCUGGAAAUAAACGUAUUGAUUUAAGUUCAGGUGAGUUAAUGGAGAACCUGUUGACUGUCAUUGGUAACUGCAAUUUGCCUCCACCAGAAAAAACAACCAAUACAUUAAAAGUAAAAAACCAACGCAAUGACUUGAUUAAGAAACAAAAAGAAAAGUUGUUUACAACGUUAAAAGAUUCUAGAAUGUCACAUCUUGCAAAACAAAAAAAAGUCCUGUUUCUGCCGGCAUUAUUAGAUGAUCCAUUUUGUUUAGUUGGGCGAGUUAUUCUUCAUAAAAUAAAAGAAGUUGAUGAAGAAGAGUAUUUUUGGUGCAAAGCAGAUGUUCUUAAAAUAGAAACAUCUAAACACGAUAAAAUGCUUGUAAGAUUGUGGUGCAAUGCAAACAAGAAGAAAUGGUGGAUGAUGAUUUUAAAUACAUUUUUGUAUUUUUCUGAAUUUUGAUUUGUGUAUUUUUUGA